GUUUAUAUUUUGCUGAAUGGCAUUAAAGAUCUAUGGAAGCGCUGCCUUGGAUUUUUUAAGAAAGAAUAUUUCGACUCAAUGUCAUCGUAAGAUUAAAAAUUUGUAUUUGAGAACAUCUGUGGAAAAGAGGUCUUACAUUUGCACUACAAUGAUUUUGAAAGAUCAGCUAGUAUCAAAGGUUUAUGAUAAUAUCAUCAAAUCAGAAGAGGACUCCAGGCUGUACCGGGGAUUAGAACUAAGUAAUGGAAUGAAAGUACUAUUGAUUAGUGAUCCUUCUACAGAUAGGUCUGCUGCUGCACUGGAUGUUCAGAUUGGUUUUAUGUCUGAACCUCGUGAAUUCCCAGGACUUGCACACUUCUGUGAGCACAUGUUGUUUCUUGGUACAGAAAAGUAUCCUUCAGAGAAUGAUUAUAAUAAGUUUCUUCAUGAACAUGGCGGAAGUAGUAAUGCAUACACUGCAGAGGGAAACACUUGUUAUUACUUUGAUGUUUCACCUAAUUUUUUAAAAGAUGCUUUAGACAGAUUUGCACAGUUUUUCUUAUGCCCAUUAUUUACUGAAAAAGCUACAGAACGUGAAGUAAAUGCUGUAGAUUCAGAGCAUGAAAAAAAUUUACAGAUAGACUCUUGGCGUCUUCUUCAGUUAGAAAAGGCAACAUGCAAUCCUCAGCAUGAUUACAGCAAAUUUGGGACAGGUAAUCUUGAAACUUUGAGCAUUCGGCCAAAAGCCCAAGGAAUCAACAUUCGAGAUGAACUUCUUAAAUUUCAUAAACAGUUCUACUCGGCAAAUGUUAUGGCUUUAACUGUCUUUGGAAAAGAAAGUUUGGAAGAACUAAUGGACAUGAUUGUUCCUCUGUUUUCAAAAGUUGCUAAUAAAAAUGUAGAAAUUCCUGAAUGGAAAGAGCAUCCCUUUGAUUCUGAACAUUUGAAAUUGGAAGGCUAUGUUGUUCCAGUUAAAGAUGUAAGAACUUUAAAUGUUUCAUUUCCAAUUCCAGAUCUCCGACACGAAUAUCGUUGUAAUCCUGGUUCAUACUUGGGACACUUGAUUGGUCAUGAAGGUCCAGGAAGUUUAUUGUCAGAAUUAAAAUCAUUAGGUUGGGUGAAUAGCUUAGCUGCAGGAGUGAAACCUGGCUGCAAAGGAUUUGCAUUUUUCAUUGUGGAUUUAAUACUAACAGAAGAAGGGCUUGAACACACCGAUGAUAUUGUAACCUUACUAUUCCAAUAUUUAACAAUGCUGAAAGAGGUAGGACCACAGGAAUGGAUUUUUAAAGAAUGCCAGAAGCUUUCGGAAAUGACUUUUCGCUUUAAAGACAGAGAAAAACCACAAGUAUAUGUUUGUUCAAUUGCCAGUAGAAUUUUUCUUUAUCCAAUGGAAGAAGUACUUACUGGUCCCUAUCUGCUUCGCGAAUACAAAUCGGAUCUCAUCAAUGAGCUGCUGGCCAUGCUAACGCCCGAUAGAAUUCGGAUUGCAAAAGUUGGAAAAGAAUUCGAAAGUAUCUGUCAUGAGACAGAAAAGUGGUAUGGUACCAAGUAUCGAUUGGAUCCUAUACCAGAGGAAACUUUAGAAUGUUGGAGAGCUGCUAAAUUGCAUCCAAAUCUAAAAUUACCUCUUCCUAAUGACUUGAUACCAUCUAGUUUAGAUUUAGUUCCAUUGGAUCCAAAUAAUCCCAAGUUUCCAACUCUUAUUAAAAAUAGCGAACUUUGCCAUCUGUGGUUUAAACAAGAUGAUCAAUUUGGACUUCCUAAAUCAUCUCUAAAUUUUGAGAUAGAAAGCCCUUUGGCAUAUAUUGAUCCUCUUCAUUAUAAUAUAACACACUUAAUUGUUCAGUUGGUGAAGGAUGCUUUAAAUGAGUAUGCAUAUGCUGCUGAAUUAGCUGGACUGUCGUAUGUUUUAGGAAAUACAAAGCUUGGUAUAUUUUUAAAUAUAAAGGGUUACAGCAGUAAACAACAUAUCCUUUUACAAAAAAUUAUGGAUAAACUUACUACAAUCAAGAUUUGUAAGAAACGUUUCGACAUCUUGAAAGAAGGAUUGCGCAAAUGCCUCAGUAACUUCCGCGCAGAACAGCCCCAUCGACAUGCAUUUUAUUAUACUUCAAUGUUGCUUUGUGAACGAAUUUGGACAAAUGAGGAACUCUUAAAUUGCUUAGAUGAAAUAACUGUUGAAAUGGUACAGCAGACAAUUCCAAGGCUGUUGGCUAAAAUUCAUAUUGAAGCCUUAAUGUAUGGUAACCUAAAUAAAAAGAUGGCUCUGGAACUGAUGGGCAUUGUUGAAGAAACAUUGAUUAAGAAUAUGGGUUCAAGAUAUUUGAUGCCUAGCCAACUAACUAGAGAACGAGAAAUUCAACUUUCUGACGGUUGUCAUUAUGUUUAUGAAGUUACUAAUGAGAUUCAUGGUAGUUCAGCUGUCGAAACUUAUUAUCAAUGUGGUAUACAAGAAACAAGAGCAAACAUGCUAUUAGAACUUCUUGUUGAAAUUAUAAACGAACCUUGUUACAAUUAUUUGCGCACUCAGGAGCAAUUAGGUUACAUUGUGUGCAGUGGUGCCAGACGUUCUAGUGGUGCUCAGGGACUGCGUAUUGUUGUUCAGUCUGAGAAACCACCUACAUUUAUUGAUGGACGGAUUGAAUCAUUUAUUCAGUAUUUUGAUAAACACAUACAAGAUCUGACUGAUGAAGAAUUCCAUAAUCACGUUCAAUCUCUUACUUUACUGCGUUUGGAAAAACCAAAAAAAUUGGUGCAGCAAUGUGCUAAAUAUUGGCUUGAAAUUGCAUCUAGGCAGUACAAUUUUAAUCGAGAUUUUACUGAAGUUGCCAGUCUAUCCACCAUUACAAAAGACGAUUUGUAUUCAUUUUUUAAGGAACUUAUAUCUUAUGAUGCACCUAAACGAAAGAAACUCUCUGUACAUGUACUGUCUUCAAGUUGUAAAAUUCCAGCUGAUAACAGUGAUGCACAAUAUCCAUGCAUACAGGAACAAAGCGCAACUAAUGAUGGUCUAAUACCACCUCCUCCUGCAUUUAGGCCUCCAGUGAGAAUAGAAAAUGUUACAAGCUUCAAGAAUAGCUUAGGUCUUUAUCCAUUAGUUCCAGCCUCCAUUCAGAUUCCAUCACCAUUUUUUGACUUGCCAAAGAAAGCAAAAUUGUGAACUUCGCUAAUAUUUAUUUCUAAAACUUAAUAACAUGUUAUUUUACUUUUACACACUGUGAUUUAAAGUACUGUAUUUUUUUUACAUGCUUUCUACGUAAUACUGUGUACUUACACAAAGUCUGUACUUAGAAAUUUUUAGAUAGUCAUGAUUUUAACUUUUAAUUCCUUAUCGGAAUGUAUGUACCGAAAUGCAUCACUUUUUUGAAAGUACAUUUUUCAUAUCACAAUGUAUUAAAUCCAUCAAGUAAAUUGUUUAAUAAUGUACAGUGGUUUUGCGGAACAGAAUACGUGUAAUUAAAAAAAAAAAUAGUUUUCAAAUGAAUUGACAAACAUAAAAUGUCCAAAUUUGCUUCAAGAACUGUUUUGAAAUUGCUAGAGAAGAUGUAGCUAGUCACAUGUGUAUUUAUACAUUUACAAAAAGUAUCCAAAAAUUUCUGAUUAUUUCAAACAGGGCUGCCAUGGCACCGGGAAAAUGCAGGGAAUUUAAAAGUCAUCUAAAAAGCAGGGACAGUUCAGGGAAAUUAGAAAAUGUCCCUAAAAACCGGGAAAUUGCAAUGAAUUUUAAGUUUCUUUGAUCCCCAUUUUUUCAUCUAAAAACUGCCGAUUUCUAAACAGUGCAAGAAUAGGUGUUGCCAGGUUGCAACCAUAGCUCCAAAAAAGAAAUACCACCAUUCACGACUAUGUAGUUGCAGAAACUCUCACCUUUUCUACUCUCUCUCUCUCUCUCUUUCCUGUAUAGAUCAGUCCAAUUUCGACUUGAUUAACAGCUAUUCUUUUUUCAUAAGAUUCCCGGAUUACAGCUGAUAAAUAUGCGCCAGACUGAUGUAACUUCUUGAGAGAAUAGAAUAAAUUUCUGUGGCGGAAACAGCUACAUUCAAUCUGCGGAAGCAUCGUGGUGAUUAGUCGCACAUACAUGAGUUUAUUGAAUGACUUGUUUAUUAUUUGAGGGGAAAAAAAUCGAAAUCAGUUUAUUUUCGGACAUCAGAUUUGACGCUUUUGGACUUGACAGGUCAUCUUUUCCUGUAUUCUUUUCAGAUGCAAAGUCCAAUAUCGAUGAUGACUUUUUUUGAAGUGGCACGUAGUUUUGUAUGCCUUCUUCUUUUGGCAUGACUAAUAAGUGCCUGUUUUCUCAUAUUACUUAAUCUUAAUAUCUUCUUACAAUGCCAGCAGUACGCUGCAAGCAGAUUUUGCAGAACUCCUUUAACCUAUUCAGCAAAGUCAAGAUUCAUAUUUUUAUUCGUCCAAUUCGUAUUUAAUAUUGAUUUUGAGCAGCUCACUGUUAAAAAAAAUCUCUAAUCUUCUUCUGAAUAAGCUCACAAUUUUAGUUCAGCCACAAUAACUUAAAGUUGAACUUUUAUGGGCAUUAAAACUUGUUGCGUCACAUUCGUCUAAUGCCUUCAAUGAUUUGUCAGAAAAAUUUUCACAUAUAUUCACUGAUAGUGAAGUGGUCAAAAGUUAGGUCGUGCAAAUAUAUUAUACAUUAUUUGUUACCGAUUAGCUACAAUUUUCCGAAAUCGCUUAAGAAGUCUUUAAACAAUAAAAAGUUUAUAAUAUGCUGUGAUGAAACUUUGAACCACAUUUUACAAAAAUGCCAAAUGGAUCUUAGUAUAAGGUAUUGGUGUGAAUAAACCAAUAGAGUCUCCAUUAGAUAUUAGAAUUAAGUAUUUUUAAGUCAUACCACUGCUCAAGAACUGUUUGAGAAUUUUAUGCUGUUGAUGUUUAUCUCCCAUGGAUUGAACUUCAAUUCAAACCAAGAGAUCAAAGAAAGAGGGGUGCAAUAGCUUCUGAGAGUAAGGGACCCCUGAACAUCCUAGGGCAGAAGUCUGACUUUGGCUCAUAUGAAGAUGACAUUCACACACUCGCUUGCACAACCCCUUUUUAUAGGGGGCCUUUUUCACACACCUUACAGAUAGAACACAGGGUAGAGAACAACCAUGCCCUAACCCAGGAUUCCCAGAUCACGGGGAAGAUGCACUAUCCCUAGGCCAGGAUGCCGGUUGAGAAUUUAUAUAGCUCGAAUAUUUAUAAGAAGUUCGGAUAUACAAUUACUUUUACAAAUUAAUAUGGGUGGAUAAAUUUAAAUUAAAAAUUUUUAAAACAUGUCAAAGAAGAACUUUCGUGUGAAAAUGACUAUAAAAUUUUAGAUCUAGGUACUUGUGGAUUGCGCAUAAUCCACUGAGCGUUUCAAUUUGAACACAAAUAUACUGAAUGAAAAGUAGAUGUUAUUCUAAGAGCAAUGUGUAGAAUAUUUAAAGGCAGAUUGGCUAGACGUGCUGAUUUUCUGGAAGUUAUAGGUUCUUCUGAAUUUUCAUUGAAGUUUUGUUCUAUCUACUGGGUUGAAAUGUGAACGUGCGCUAAAGGUUUUUACCAUAUAAAGAAACACAUAGAAGUAAAAAAAAAAACUUUACCUGGAUCUUUGUGAUAAUAUUAUAAAUGUUUAUCAGGAUAAAUUCAUUCUGACUAAAAUUUACUUCUUCUGUUAUACUGUUAAUAUUCUGCAACCACUUCUUUAAAAAAUGCAGAAACCUGAGCCUAUGGCGCCUUUCUUAUAUGAAAAUCUUUUUAUCCUUGUUAAACAGUUAAUGAAAAAAUAUUGUCAAAAGAAGAAGAAUCAAAGCAGAAACAGUAGACGGCCUAUUUUAUAGGACUUGAUGAUACCAAAAAUCUAAAACAGAAAAAAAGAAAAGGGAAUUUAGUAUCAACAGGGAUAUGCUUAUUGAAAAUCUGAAAGAAAAUUCUGGUCUAAGAACUGUGCAUGAUAUCAUAAACUUUUAUGGAGGCAUUUUAAUUGCCCCAUUGUUGGAGUAGUGACUACAAGGUACUUGAUUACUACUGAAACUGAAAAAAGAGGCUUUUUAGCAAAGUAUUUUAUAUUUGUGAACGCUUAUCCGAAAAUUUUGCUGUAUCCAAAACUGCAUCUUUUUUAAAUCCACAUUUAUUGAAGAACAAUGCAUUAUUAUGUGAAAAACAAAUGGUUGAUUUACUUCAACUUCUUUAUUCCUAAGCACAAAUUUCCUUGGUGUGUUUAGAACAUGGUCCAAUUUGAAAUUGUCUUGAAAUAACAAAAAAGUGAAUACAAAGAACAAUUUGAUUCAUUUAGUGAAAAAAUUCAUUUAGAUAAUUUCAGUUUUAAUAUAUUUGAAUCCAAAAAAUUUCCUGAUUUUUGCAACAGUAGCUUUGUGUCAAAAUUUAGUUUCAAUUGAUUGGGGAAAACGUGUCCAAAACUCAAAUUUAAUGUUCGGUUGCAGUUAACCGUAAGUCUGAGAUAAUAGUUAAAAAACUCGCCAAGGCUCACACGAUAAAUUCAGCAAAAGUGCUAAAUUCACGCCAAAUAUUCGUAUUUCAUAACUGUUGUACGCCAUUGCCAAGCAAGGCGUUUUCUGAGACAACACCUUUAUGGGGGAGUAUGUGAGAAAAUGUUGGAGUGAUCACUCCCGCUGGAUUGUUAAAUAAUCAUUAAAUGUUUUUAAAAUGAAAGCAAAAAUGUAAUUUUGUGUUUUAUUACAUCCGAAUCCUUAAUUUUGUGUGACUUACAGUUAAAGAGCAUGUGAGGUGAUCAAUAUCUCCAUCCCUUAAUAUGUAAAUUUUGUCUUACUAAAUUCUAGGCACAAAAUAAAAAGAAAUUACUUUUUUCUGUAUGUAAAUAUAAACAUUCUUUUAUUAUACUAUUAUUUCGAGUAAUAUUAAAUUCGUGUCCUUGUUUUUUCCUAAUCAUUAUAACUAUUUUGCAAUACUAUUACAAUAUAACUAACUAAUAUAAUUAUAUAUAUUUUAUAGCUCGAAAGCUUUUCGUGGGUUUCCUUUUAUAUUGCAUAUACGUACAGGAAAAAACAGGUUUUUCAGAUUUGAGUGGCAACCCUGUUUAAAUCAGAAUCGUUUGGUUUUUUGAAUAUAUUAUUUAUUACUUUAUAUUAAUCUCUUUUCAUAACGAGCUAUUUUCAUAUUCAUAUUUGUUAUUUUAAAAAAUUCUAACGAGAUUGAUGCCAUUUUUUUUUUUUUAAUCCUUUUAAGUAUUCUUAAACAGUGCAAAAUCUGCAGAAAUAAAUGCAUGUGCAAAAGUAGUCACAAUACCUAAAGAUAUAAUAAAAAUCUUUGCAGUUCACUUUAAUCUAUUUAACUGCAAAAUAUAAAUUGUGCCAUUAAUUCUAAUAACUGGAUCUUUUUUAUUUCUUAAAAUUAUUCUUGCUGCAUUUUUUUUUUAAUUAUUCUUCUUGCAUAUUGAUUAAACAAAUGAAAUAAUUGCAUGUCGAAAAAUGUGUCAUGGAACUAUUCUGUUCAGCCGACUUACGAAAGAGACUUUUUUUUUUUGUAUUAACUCUAUGAUAAUGUUCUUUAUGACUGCUGAGUAUAUUUAUAACUACUUUUUUUUUAUAAAUAUACUUUUAUAUUUAUACUUUUAAAAUAGUUUUAAACCUUUAUUAAAUUUGCAUGAAAAGUAAUAUUUAAUUUUGUUGCAGUUGAUUUUAAAAGAAUGUUUAAUGUUAUUUUAAACAAUAAGAGUUUUAAAUAUUUUUUGAGAGAACUUGCAUUUUGUCUGAAUUAAAUUUGAUUAAUUUUUUAGAUAAAGUACCAAUUUUACAAAACUAUAUCUGUAAUUUUCAGGAGCUGUUAGUCUUUGCUGUACGCCCUGCAUUUAAUUUUUUUCAUGCAUAAUAAUAAAGAUGUUUUUAGAAAUUUAGUUCUUUCAUAUACAUUUUGCAUUUAAGUA